CUGAUUCAGUUCAACUUUGGCCGCGAAACAAGUUAGUUAAUUUUUCUGACCGCUAAGUAAACAUUUGGUGUUGACUCACCCUUAAAAUAUUGUGCCUUAUUUGCAUUGUCGCAGUGUAGAUAAAAUUAAAUUAAAAAGGUUUGUUUCGGAGACGUGAAAGUCUAAAAUUUACAGGAAAGCUAGUUGAGUUGAGUAAGAAGCAAAUCAGCAGAAGCAGCAGCAGCAACAGCAAGAACAAUCAAAACAACUCAUCGUUAGUAGAGCAAGCAGAGGCAUAAGCACAAAAAUGGCCGACAACCUCGCUUCUCCCAUCAAAGCCUUUUACAAGGGCAAAAAUGUCUUCAUUACCGGCGCCACCGGCUUUGUGGGUGUCACCAUUGUGGAAAAACUGCUGCGUGAUAUACCCGAAAUUGGCACCGUUUACCUGUUGAUGCGCCCGAAAAAAGGCAAAAGUGUGGCGCAACGCUUGGAAGAUAUACGCAAGAACUCCGUUUUCGACAAAUUCAGAGAAUCGAAAAUCGAUGAAAAGCGUUUCGAUAAGAUUGUGCCCAUUGAAGGUGAUGUGGGUCAAGAGCAUUUGGGCAUUUCCGAAGCAGAGCGUCAGGUGUUGAUCGACAAUGUGCACGUGGUCUUCCACUCGGCAGCCACUUUGGAUUUCUUCCAAUCGCUCAAAGAGACCACAAAUAUUAAUUUGCUUGGCACACGGCGAGUGGUGGAGUUGUGUAAGCAGUUGACGAAAUUGGAGGCCCUCGUUCAUGUCUCUAGCGCUUAUGUGAACUCUUACAUCACCGAAGUUGAAGAAAAACUGUACCCCUCACCCGAUGACCCGGAAAAGGUGAUACAUUUGGCUGAAACACUAAGCGAUGAAGCACUCAAGGAGUUAGAGCCCAAACUAUUGAAAGAUCAUCCGAACACGUACACGUUCACCAAACACUUAGCCGAGCAUGAGGUGGCCAAUGUGGCCUCACGUUUUCCAUGUGGCAUUGUGCGACCAAGCAUGAUCACGGCUGCCUGGAAACAGCCCAUACCCGGCUGGACAAUUUCCAAGAAUGGCCCACAAGGCUUCUUCAUGGGCGCGUCUCGUGGCAUUUUGCGCCGUUUGCCUUUGGAUCCGACUAUCAUCAUGGAUUACAUACCUGUCGAUGUGGUGGUGAAUGCAAUUAUCGCAACCGGUUACUAUGUAAAUGCGCUCAAAGUCAAAAACGCCGGCAAGCCAGCUGAGUUACAAAUCUUCCAUCUUACGUCCAGCACCUACAAGCCAUUCCGCUUCGAGUUCUUAAUCAAUAAAAUUAAUGCAUUCCUUCACGAAUAUCCUUUGGUUUCAGCUGUUUGGUAUCCAAAUCUAAAGCUUGUCAAGAGUCUAUUCCUCUUUCGCUUGGGCGCUAUACUUUUCCAUUUUAUACCCGGCUUCUUUUUGGAUUUGGUCACUAAGCUAAGCGGCGGCAGACCUAUCCUCAUUCGCCUGCACAAGAGCGUGUGGAAUUCAUUGAAUACUUUAGAGAAGUUCAUUUUCACCGAAUGGCAUUAUGACAGCAAACAUACGUUGGCACUUUCGAAGCAAAUGGAUCCACGCGAUCGUGAAAUAUUUUUCAUAGACAUUGGCGAUCUGGCUUGGGAUGAUUACUUCCUUAACACUAUCUUGGGUGUGCGUCAGUAUCUAAGCAAAGAGUCAACGAAGACAUUGUCGGCUGCUAGAAAGAAGGAUAAGAUACUGCUCGCAUUACACGUCGCCCUGCAGUUGGCUUUCUACUAUGGCAUAUGGAAGCUAGUCAUCGUUGCUUUUGGCCUCUCUAACGCCAAGGCGGCAUUAAUACUACCCGUUGCGUACUUCCUUAUGGGACUCAUUUAGGCACCAAUUAAACAGUUACAUUUUUUCUUUAAUUGAAUCUUGCAUGGAUUCGCUUUGCAUUUCUUAUUUCUGUGUAAUUGCAUACACAAGUAUUUAUUUGAAUUAAUAAUUUUAUGAAUUUUUCAUUUCACUUAACUUCUAGGUUUGGUUUAUAAACUGUACUUAUGUAUGUGCAUAUUUAAAUGCUAAUUGAAUAAAAUAGUUAUUGUAUGAAA